AUGUCCCCUCAAUGGCGUUGGGAGUGUGAGAAGGGACAAUGUGUUAAAAAGCCAUUACUUGAUACAGAUGCUGAAAAUGCUAUUUCACUUAGCGCUUGCCAAAUGUUCUGCGAUCAUGCAGGCGUGUUAUGGCCUAUACCUACAGGUGAUGUAAGUCUUGGUAAUACAUUGGUAAAAAUUGAUUUGAACCAUGUUCAACUCGAAGAAUCCUUCAAAGAUGAUAAUUAUAAAAAAUUGUUCAACAAAAGCAUCGAGCGUUUUAGAAAACAACUAGCUUCUAAGGUACACUUAAAAGAAAAAUUAAAUGAUGGAGGGCGAAAGUUAAUAAUUACUCCUAAAAUUACCAAUGAAGUUUUCCGUCAUUUAGCUAUAACACUUGAUACUGAUGAAUCAUAUAAAUUAUAUGUAAGUCAAGCAGCUGACGACUUUGUCAAUGCUACUAUAGUUUCAAACUCAUACUUUGGAGCUAGAAAUGGCUUAGAAACUCUGAGUCAACUUAUUAUAUUUGACGAUCUGAGACAAGAGUUACAGGUAGUCAGAGAUGUAUCAAUAGAAGAUGCUCCAGUUUACAAAUAUAGAGGAAUUUUGUUAGAUACAGCGAGGAAUUAUUAUUCUGUUGAAUCAAUUAAAAGGACAAUAGAUGCAAUGGCAUCAAGCAAAUUGAACACAUUCCAUUGGCACAUCACAGAUUCACAUAGUUUUCCCUUUGAAACUCCAUCAUUACCACAAUUAUAUGAAAGGGGUGCCUAUAAACCACAUCUAAUUUAUUCAACAAAAGAUAUCGAAGAGGUCUUAGAAUAUGCUUUAUUCCGAGGAGUACGCGUUCUUCCAGAAUUUGACGCUCCUGCUCAUGUUGGAGAAGGUUUUCAAGGUUUGGAUGUAACCGCAUGUUUCAAUGCACAACCAUGGAACAAAUACUGCGUAGAACCACCAUGUGGGCAGCUGGAUCCAACACAAGACAGAUUAUAUGAUAUUUUACAAAAAAUAUAUACAGACAUGUUUAAUGUAUUCAAGCCUGAUAUAUUCCACAUGGGAGGAGAUGAAGUAUCAAACUCUUGCUGGAAUUCAAGUACUCGCAUCCAGAAUUGGAUGGUUGAACAAGGAUGGGGUUUAACCGAUGAAAACUUUUUGAGAUUGUGGGGCCUGUUCCAAGAAAAAGCAUUGGAAAAAGUUGAACAAGUAGCUGGUAAAGAAUUACCAAUAAUUUUGUGGACGAGUCAUUUAACAGAACUACCUCAUGUGACCAAGUUCUUAAAUAAAGAUAAGUAUAUUAUUCAAGUAUGGACAACAGGAGCAGAUAAACAGAUAUUUGAUCUCUUAAAUAAUGGAUAUAAAUUAAUAAUGUCUAAUUAUGAUGCCUUAUAUUUUGAUUGCGGGUUUGGUGCCUGGAUAGGUGCAGGAAAUAACUGGUGCUCCCCAUAUAUAGGCUGGCAAAAGGUUUAUUCCAAUAGCCCUAAACAAAUUGCUGGAACAUAUAGUAAUCAAAUAUUGGGUGGUGAAGCAGCACUGUGGUCAGAACAAGCAGAUGAGCAUUCUCUAGAUGCAAGACUUUGGCCUCGAGCUGCAGCAUUAAGCGAACGAUUAUGGUCUGAGCCAAGCACAAGCUGGGAACAUGCAGAAAUCCGCUUGAUGAUUCACAGAGAAAGGCUAGUUGAACAAGGAAUUGCUGCAGAAAGUAUUAAACCACAAUGGUGUUUACAAAAUGAAGGAAAUUGCCCUGCUGCAUCAUGA